CAAACGCAGCGCGCGGGGCCGGGGCUGGUGGGAGGCGGCCUCCCGGCCGGGCCCACUGCGCCUGCGCGCCGCGAUUCAAGAUGGCGGACAGUGCGGAACUAAAGCAAAUGGUGAUGAGCCUCCGAGUUUCUGAGCUGCAGGUUCUUCUGGGUUACGCAGGAAGAAACAAACACGGCCGCAAGCACGAACUCCUGACGAAAGCCCUGCACUUGUUGAAGGCCGGCUGCAGCCCUGCUGUCCAGAUGAAAAUCAAAGAACUUUACCGGCGUCGCUUCCCCCAGAAGAUCAUGACGCCUGCAGACUUGUCCCUCCCUAGCGUACACUCGAGUUCCCUGCCCGCCACGUUGUCGCCAUCCACCAUUCCACAGCUUGCUUAUGACGGCCACCCUGCCACGUCUCCAUUGCUCCCCGUUUCUCUCCUGGGACCUAAACACGAACUGGAAUUGCCUCACCUUACCUCAGCACUCCACCCUGUCCAUCCAGACAUCAAGCUUCAGAAGUUACCCUUCUAUGACUUGUUGGAUGAACUGAUAAAACCCACCAGUCUAGCAUCAGAUAAUAGCCAGCGCUUUCGAGAAACCUGCUUUGCGUUUGCCCUGACUCCACAGCAAGUGCAGCAGAUCAGCAGUUCCAUGGACAUCUCCGGAACCAAAUGUGACUUCACGGUGCAGGUCCAGUUAAGGUUUUGUUUAUCUGAAACCAGUUGUCCACAGGAAGAUCACUUUCCACCAAACCUUUGUGUGAAAGUUAAUGGGAAACCAUGUAGCCUUCCUGGCUAUCUUCCACCAACCAAAAACGGGGUUGAACCAAAGCGACCGAGCAGACCAGUCAACAUCACCUCACUUGUGCGCUUGUCCACGACCGUACCAAACACGAUUGUUGUUUCAUGGACUGCAGAAAUCGGAAGAAAUUAUUCAAUGGCUGUCUACCUGGUCAAGCAGCUCUCGUCUUCUGUGUUGCUGCAGAGGUUGCGGGCAAAAGGCAUAAGGAAUCCAGAUCAUUCGCGAGCACUAAUCAAAGAGAAGCUAACUGCAGAUCCCGACAGUGAAAUAGCUACGACCAGUUUAAGAGUUUCUCUUCUGUGUCCACUUGGGAAAAUGCGGCUGGCCAUCCCCUGCAGGUCCCUGACUUGUUCGCACUUGCAGUGUUUUGAUGCCACACUCUAUAUUCAAAUGAAUGAGAAGAAGCCCACCUGGGUUUGCCCCGUUUGUGACAAGAAAGCCCCCUAUGAGCAUCUCAUCAUUGAUGGGUUGUUUAUGGAAAUCUUGAAGUUUUGCACAGAUUGUGAUGAAAUUCAGUUUAAGGAAGACGGGUCCUGGGCUCCUAUGAGAGCAAAAAAAGAGGCACAGGAGGUGACAGCAUCUUUUAACGGAGUGGAAGGCUGCUUAAGUUCUUCCAUGGAUCACCAGGUCUCUUCUCAUCAGCAAUCAAACAAAAAUAAGAAAGUCGAGGUGAUUGACUUAACCAUCGACAGCUCGUCAGAGGAAGAGGAGGAGGAGCCGUCUGCCAAGAGAAGCUGCCCUUCCCUGUCCCCUUCGUCACCCAUUAACAAUAAGAGCAUGCUAACUCUCCCGCACCAAGCCUCUCCUGUUUCGAGGACCCCAAGCCUUCCAGCUGUUGACACCAGCUACAUCAACACCUCACUCCUACAAGACUACAGGCAUCCGUUCCACGUGACGCCCAUGCCUUACGACCUCCAAGGGUUGGACUUCUUUCCUUUCUUAUCAGGAGACAAUCAGCAUUACAGCACGUCCCUUCUGGCUGCGGCUGCGGCCGCCAUGUCUGCAUCCGAUGAUCAAGAACUCUUGCACUCCCGGUUUUUCCCCUACGCCUCGUCCCAGAUGUUUCUGGACCAGUUAAAUACUGGCGGGAGUGCCGCCCUCCCGGCCACCAACGGCAGCAACAGCGGCAGCAACAGCAGCCUGGUCUCCUCCAACAGCCUGCGAGAGAACCACGGUCACCCCGUCGCCAGCAGAAGCAGCACAGACCCAGCUUCUCUCUUUGGUGUGAUCCCAGACAUUAUCUCCUUGGACUGAGUUCUGUCGAGACGUUGGUGGACUUGCUGGAGGCGGGAUUGGGGGCCUGGUUUUAUCUUAUUUUGUUUAGAAAUGCAGACAAGCUUUUUCCUUUUUGUAGGGAAAAAACAGAUUGAGACCUGUACAGAGAACAAAACUAUAUUUUCAGUUGUACUUUUUUGUAUAUAAACAGAAGAUGGUUUGACUGGUAAAACAAAACAAAAAAAAUUACAAAACCUCCCAAACUAGUUUUUUGGAUAUGGACAAUUUUACACUUCUCUCUUGCGCUUUGAGUGCUAGUGGGUUUGUUUGUUUGUUGUUUUUUUAAAGCUUUAACUGUUAACUGCAUAACCCUUUGUUUCUUCACAGUGGUUCUAAUGGAGAAGGAAUUGAGCAUUUUCCAGUCUUGAUGCUGUUUGGGGGACUUCGGGGGAAAAUGGGCAAUGCCCACAGUGGUUGGAGGGGACAUUUUUCUCCUUCUCCCUGGGGAUGUUUUCAUGCCUGAGCCCUGUUGAAAGGAACAACUCUCAUCCUCAUGAAUUGGGUCUUCUCCCUUCUGCUUUUCUUCUUUGAAAUAACCCUUAAAUUGUGUUCUUCAGCUCCUAUACACUUCACCUGCACCCUCCGUAUUCUCUGUGUGCUGCUGGCUGUGGCUUUUUUGGAAUGUUCUUUCAGCAGCCCUCUCUGGUCUUGACAGUCUGUUCAGAACCAUCCCUGUUGCUGCUGGACCCCAUUCUGUACCAUCAGGGUGUGUGUGGUUCUUUCUGUAGCUCAAAUUCCACAGCCCUCCUGCAUGUUGAAGGCUUGCCAUUGGAGGCCUGUCCGUACCUCUCUUGAACAAGGCAAAAUGGGGUCUUGCAAUCCAGCUGCCCUCACAGUAUUGUUGAACCUUUCUGCUGGAUUGCAGUGUUCUUUGUUGGACCUUUUAACAUUUGGCUUGAUGCUUAAACUUAAGAACGCAUGUGUAAGGACUCAAGGAUUUCCUUCCUUGGGCUUAUUUUGAACACUGGCUGGUUACCUUACUAGGCUAGAUUAGAAUCACCCUAUAAAAACUUAAAGGAACUUAAUGUGAUUUUAAACAACUCCGUCUUGCUGCUGACAAUGAUGAUGGCAUGUUUGGUUCUCUUCUGCAAACUGUUUUGAACCCUGGGCCCCAAAUCCUCUGUACUCUAGUUUGGGAGUGAGUCCCUUUGAAUUCAGUAGGACUUACUUUUGAGUAAACAUAAAAAAGGUGGGACUACACACACACACACACACACAUAUGGCAGUUCUCAAACAUGGCAGCUCUCACUGCUGCAUUAUGACUUUAAUGGAGCUGGAGUGUAGACCUGCUUUAGGAUAAGCAAAUUCUUACUAGCUUUGAAGUUUAAUGAAUGAAUUUGCAGUUUCCCUACCUUGAGCCGUGAAGGGAUAUUUAGUUCCCCUGAAGAGUUAGGGGGCUGUUCCGACCUUAACGCAUAUAUGGCUUAGGAAGUAACUCUUCAGACUGGCAAAUCACUUAACCUGGUCCGUACUUGUCAAGUAGCCACCAACAACCAAGAGGGAAAUGCUUUUCCUUUUUAGGAGGAUCUUUGAACAUGGAAAAAGGGGAGAGAGAUGGGUAGCAAUUCUCAAGUAUUGCAGAGCCCCCUUGCGAGGAGGCCUUGUCUGGUCACUGGUGGGAAAGGAGCGUUUAAAAUCCAGCGUUACCAACAGAUAAUGGGCGGACUGGGAGGGAGAAUAAACCUAGGAUAGUUUUUGCCCAUGUUUUUUCAAAAUGGCCCCGUUCAGAUGGUGUGUUCCCCAACCAACAAGCCACGGUGCUUAGAUCUGGAACAAACGCUUACCCUUGCAGGCCUGACUUGGAAGAUUUCCAGGGGGCUAAGGGAAGUUACACUAGUUUGCUGUGAUGCCCAAACUGGGGAAAUCUGGCUUGGGUGCUCCAUGCAAGCCAAGAUUGCAGACCCCAGAUGGAUCUUGGCUUGCAGUCUCGGUUUGUGAGAGCCCUUGCGUCAGUCUCCCAGUCUGGGGGCAUAGCAAUCUGGCUUAAUAAACAAGGAGUCUUCUGUGCAGCCGGGCGCACAAGAGAAGGUGGCAGGGAUCCUGCUGGGAGCUUGUUUCCAAGGCAACAAACCAGGACUCCCAACCAGGUGUGUCAGCUAAUCAUUGAAGGCCUCUGGUUGCAAAAGUGGAGGGUUUUUGUUGUUGUUUUUUCAAAGUUAUCUUUCAACCUUGAAUAGGACAAACAAUCUAUUUCUAAUCACAAACGAUCAGUUGCUCAAUCAAUUUGGAGGCUGCAUAAACAUGUUAAUGGGUGUUUUUUUUGUAAAUGUCACCUUUGCCACUUAAAAGCUAACUUGAAUUUUGAAGAGGCUUGUUCAUAUGUAUAUGUGUGUGUAUAUAUGUAUUUAUGGGGAUGUGUGCGUCUGUCUGUCCCAUGCAUGUUUAUUCCAUUCAUGUCUGGCUGACAAUUUGGGCAGUUUAUAAUUUAUUGGAUGUCAGUAAAAUCUAAAUAAAAGGAUAGAAAACAGGAAAUCCUUAAAGUUCAAUUUGGUGUGGAGGGAGUUAAAGCAGACUUUUUGAAGCAGAAAUGAGACUGACUCAAAUAGAGGGGAAAGUGGCCGAGUAGUGUGCUGAUGUGAAGGACUGUGGCCCAUGGUGAGAAGCAUGGAGUGACCAGACUCUGCAGAGACAGCCAUGCGGCCAUUGGGGCCCAAACUGGCCCAAGGUUCCUGUGGCACUGUACAGCCUUGUCUGGUUCUGCCUGGCUCAGGCAAAAUGCUCUUAUCAGGUAUUUCUCUCUCAAAUCUGCUUAAUUUCUUUUCACACUAAAUAUGGUGUCUGAUCUGGGCAUUGCAGUCCACUUUUACCCCAGGGUGAAAGAGGGAGUUUGGAAAGAUGAUGGCCACAACCGAGUGUGUUUAGGAUCUGUGUAUUUCAGUGUAAGGAAAGCAUGUCUAACAUGGUGGUUCUGUGAGGGCUUGGAGUGUGUGAGAGAAACUGCACCCACCAUCGGCCAGAUAGCUUUGUCAUCUUGCAUAUUUGUCAAGAUGCUUCUACACCUUACACAACUGGUAGGUUUUGGAAAUUCAGGAAACUUCAAGAUGUCUAAGCAAGGAGUAGAAACACCUAGGCAGCUUCGGUGCUGUCGGACACAGAAUAUGGCUUGGAAAUGGAAAGAAACCAGCUGUCUUGGAACGAAUGAGGACGGCACAAGAACGCAGCUGUCGUUCAGUCCCAGCGUGACUUGCUGCAGAGGUGCUCUUGGGGGCGUGUGCCUGAGAAAAUGCCCCCCUCUCCAUUCCUCCCAGCAGGACAGAGCCUGUUCAUUCUCAGCCCUUUCCCUGACAAGGUAAAUUGUAUUUGUCCCCACAGAGCUUGUGUUUGAAAGCAAGCAGUAUUCAACAUUUGAAAAACAAGGAGUUGGAAACAUUGUGAAGUGGGAAAAGCGAGAUCUAAAGUGUCAGCCCAGGGUUGGGUUCUCUUUGAGACUACUUGGGUAGCCCCUCCUUUUAAAUCCUUCACAGUAAACAAGACAGUUUCCUGGCUUCUCUUGAGUUGUGCUUUUGGGGAAAUUAUUUAUUUAGCUUCAGGAUCUUGUGAACAGGUAUUUCUUGGCUAGAUGGAUUUCUUUUCUUUUUGCUUUAUCAUUAUUUGCAGCUGACAACAAUGGUUAACAGUUACUUGGGGAAAGGUUCCUUUGGGCUUCACCUGAAGUUACUCAGAGCUUCAUUCAAAAGCAAGCCAAUUGUCGCAAAAUGUAGUUUUUCUUAACAUGGAAUUAAGGGCAACAUCUAGCUACUUCUUAUAGUCUGUUGAAUUUUACUAUACAUGACAUAGUUUGUAUAUCAUUUGUUGGUUCACUUUUUUUUUGUCCUUAUUUUUCCAACAGGUAGGCGUGCGUGUGUGUGUGUGCGCGCUGAUUGCAUGUGUCUGUAUUUUGUGAGUUCUGUGUGUCCGUGUGUGUGUGUCCGUGUCUACACACAAAUGCAAGACAUUUGUAUAGCAGGGGUAGAGUGAUUGAGUCACUUCUGUGGGCAUUACUAGAUGCAUAGUUUUAAAACUAUAUAUAAGCAGAACCAAAAUUAAAACUUGCUGAAACUUAACCAAUUAAUGGUUGCAAAGACGCGCAGUAUUUUCAUAACAGCAUUCCCAGACUGUUUUUACCCUGUCAAUACAUAGAUAUUUUAAUCCUGCUGGUAGAUCUCCUUCCACGGAACUAGCCAGCCCUUUUCUCUUGACGUGGUUAACCCUUUUCACUGCAGGGUUUUUCAUAAAGCGUUUCGAAAGGAUUGUUUCUUAACUGUUUUUCUAAUUUUUUUUCCCUUCUGAUGAGAGCUUAGAUUUCUAUUGAGAGGACUGCCAGAAGCCCCGCUGUUGCUGCUGUUAAUUGUUCAGAUUAACAAAAAGAGAAAACAAAUGUGUAUAUAAACAGAAAACUAAAAAAAGUGAUUGAUUCCAUAAAUUUAAAUCUGUGAUCCAUUGCCUUAACACUUUCUCUCAGUUUUCCAUACAGCAUGCCAAACAAGUUUUAAAAGUGGCUUUUGAGGGGGAAAAAUGUAUAGUCGACUAAUGUCAAUUUGUAUAAAAGUACCAAGUGAAAAUAUUUAUUACAUGCAUUGGAGGGGAAAAAUGGUUUACCCUAUUGAAUGUUACCUGUUUAUGUAAAACAUCUUUAGAUGUAAUUAAACAAAAGCAUUAUUA